AUGCACAAGAUCCGGCCGGCAAGAGGACCCAAAAAACUGAGGAAGAAGGGUCCCGCAGCCCAGCCCAAGCCUGCUGCUGCCACCAGACGGCCUGCCGCCAAGUUGAGCUUCGCCGAGGAGGGGGAAGAGGAAGCAGUGGCGUUCAACAAGCCCAGAGCAGGCAGGAAGCUGUUACGAGGGAAGGGAUCGGCGAAACCGGAGGAGGCGGCCGGCACCAUGGCACCGCCGAAGAAGCCGGUGCCUGUGGCCGUCCUCCAGCGAUCGGCCGCCGGCGAGUACACGCCGGAGAAGCUGGCCGAGCUGCGCAAGAACUCGAAGACCAUCUACUUCUCCUCCACCGUCAGGCCGUCGGCGCCGCCGGAGGAUUGGCCAACGGGCGAAGCUGCGCCUGAAGUGAUCACCGUGGCCGAUGACGAUGAUCUCCCGCCAGACGAACCCGCUCCCUAUGACGACAUUGUCGGCGGCGGCGAGGAGGAGAUUCCGUCGCGGGCGGCGGUGGUGCAGGCGCGGCAGCGGAGGGAGCGCAUUCGGGACCUGGGCGGGUUCAUCCCGCUCGAGGAGACCUCCUUCGCCAAGGAGCUCGACUCGGACGAGGUCAACUCGCGCCUCGUGCGCGACGAAGAGGAGGACCCCGAGCCUGACAUCUUUGACGAUGAAAAGGGCGGACGGAUCGCGUUCGGAGACCCGAGGGAGCGUGAGCGCCGGUACAAGUCGACCCUCCACGAGCAGAUCAAGAAGGCCGAAGAGGAGGACAGCGACGACGAGGAGAUUCGACGAUGGGAACUCGAACAGAUCAAAAAGGGCGUGCGUGGCGGGAAGGAGCUGCGCAAGUCGACGCUGGAGCGGAUGAAGGCCCAACCGGGCGGCCCCAGGGGCUCGCAGGCCCAGCAGCAGCGCAGCGUCUCCGUCUCCGAGCACGCCAGCGGAGUGCUGUCGUCGUCUCGGGUGCAGCUGCCGACGGUGGAGGACGUGCAGAAGACGCUCAAGCAGGCGCUGGCGCGGCUGGAGCAGUCCUGCAGCAACGAGGAGAAGGAGCUGCGCGAGGUCAAGAGCUCCAUCGCCACCGCCGAGAGCAACACCGAAGCCCUCCGCAAGUCUCUCAAGACCGCCUCCGAAGACUUCGACUACUAUCAACAUCUGCGGGACUACAUCCUGGACCUGCUCGACUGUCUCAAGGAGAAGGCCGAGGAGAUCGAGAGCUACAGCGAGAAGGGCGAGGCGUUGACGGUGGGGCGCUACGCCAAGCGGCGGGAGGCGCACUACCUCGACGUGCAGGACCGCAUCGAGGAGAUCGAACGGACGCGCGGCGACCUCGCCGUCAAGGACGAGCCCGACGUCGCCGCCGCCAAGGCCCAGCGCCUCGAGAAGCGAUUGGCGCGGCGAGAGGCGCGGCGUCAGCGGCUGGGGAUGCGUACGCCGCGGGUGGAGGACGAGGAGGGCUGGUCGAGCGAGGACGACGGCGACGAGACCGAGCGCGAGAGGGCCGAGCACGCGGCCGCGACGAGCGAAGUGCUGGAUAAGGCGUCGGGCGUGUUCGAGGACGUCGUCGACGACUUUGCCUCGCUGUCGGUCAUCAAGCAGCGAUUCGAGGAAUGGCGCAGCCAACACUCCGCAGGUUACUACAAGUGCUUCGCGGGGGUGUCACUGGUGGAUAUCUGCGUGCCCUACGUGAAGCUACAGACCCUGACGUGGGACCCGCUCGCGCCCGGCAGUCGCACGUUCGAGGACCUCGCCUGGUACAGCACCCUCUCCACCUACGGCCUCGCCCCCACCGCACAGGCGGGCGAGGGGAAGAAGAAGCAGGGGGCGGCUGCGGAGGCGGAGGAGGCCGACCUGGUGCCGUCGUUGGUGCGGCGGGUGAUCCUGCCCAAGGCCCGCGCGUUCAUCGUGCAGGGCUGGGACCCGCGAUUGCGCCAGCAGACGCGCCGCGUGCAGACCCUUGUCGGCGACCUCCUCGUCUACCUUCCCGCUCAAGCCGAUCUCAAGACAUUGCUGCAGGCAGUGAUGCUGGGUCUACAGGCGGCGGUGGAUCGUGUGCGACUGCCCACGGCCUACCUGGGCCUCUCGGAAAGCGCCACCCAGCUCGCCAUGUCCCAGUUUUGGAAUGCCGUCAAGUUGAUGGGCAACAUCGCGUCGUGGCACGAGCAGCUGUCGAAUCGGGCGCUCCGCGGGCUCACCCUCGACAAACUCCUCAACGGCCAGAUCGUGCCCUUCCUCCGGCAGAUGAAAUUCUCCGCCACCGAAUCCGGCAUCACCAGAUUUGUGGAGGUGAACGAGAAGGUGCUGGAGGCGGUGCCGAGUCACUGGCUGGUGCCGGAGCGGGAGGAGGGGCUGGUGACGCCCGAGGCGCGGGUCUAUCACGGGUGGGCCACGCAGCAGUGGCGCGCCUUCAAGCGCGACGGCCCGCGGGAGCUGCCUGGCGAGCUCCGCCAGCGGCUGGCGCACAUCUUCGCCCGACUCAACGACCUCGAGACGCCCCGCCAGGUCAUGGACCAGUGA